CCACCCCCUUUCUCAGCCUGGCGGCGGGCCUAGGGCGGGAGGCGCUGGAGGGGACGCGGGCUUGCAAAACUAUGAGCGCGGCGGCUUCGGGCCCUGGCCGGCGGGCGCGAGUGUCCCGCCUGGUCUCCUUCAGCGCGACCCAUCGGCUCCACAGCAAAUCUCUGAGUAAUGAGGAAAACUUGAAACUGUUUGGGAAAUGCAACAACCCAAAUGGCCAUGGGCACAAUUAUAAAGUUGUGGUGACAGUACAUGGAGAGAUUGAUCCUGUUACAGGAAUGGUCAUGAAUUUGACUGACCUCAAAGAGUAUAUGGAGGAGGCAAUUAUGAAGCCCCUUGAUCAUAAGAAUCUGGAUCUGGAUGUGCCGUAUUUUGCAGAUGUUGUAAGGGCACUUCGUGGUCUGGUUUGGUGUGUGAAGAAGUGAAAUGAGACAAGAAGAGAAGUCCAGGCUCAAUGCUCCCCAACCCCCAGCAGAAGAGGGACUCGAAACUGCAUCCCAGGCAGAGGGAGGAGGAAGGUUUGGACACCCUUUUCAUGUGGCCGGCCAGCAUGCAUUUGAAACCAUGCCCCACGGCGUUAACAGAAACUGGUGACUAACAGAAAUAUUUGAGCUUAUCUUACAGAACAGCAGGUAAGGGAAUACUUGUUAAAACCCCCCUCCGCUUAUAGCCUGCCCUCUCUGAGCAAAGCAUAAGCGCAAGCUCGCCUUAAUUAUUUUGUUGCCGAUUGCAUACCCUUGAAGUUUCACGUAGCCUAGGAAUUUGGAGUCAACUCUUGUCCAGUUCGAGUCAGCUAAGACUAGUUGGGACCACUGACCCUAAAACUGAACCUGGGUAGAACACAGAUUACCUCACCUUUUCCCUACUUCCAGUCCUCUUUCCUCAUGCCUAAGACCACUCUGCUUCUUUAUCCUGUAAACGUUUCAAGCCCCUCGCCUUUGGCGAGGCAGAUCUGAGAGUCCUUCUCCCAUCUCCUCAUUUGGCUGCCUCGUGAAUAAACCUUUUCUUUGUUACAAACCUCAGCAUUUCAGCAUUUAGCUUGCUGCCCAUUGUGCACAUGCACCUGGUUUGGUGACUGGUUUCUCCCUGGAGAGGCAAGAGCUCUGCCUGAGAGGAGGUGCAUUGCAAGGUGCUUGGAGAGAGUUUAGCAAGCCUUGGUCAAUAACCUCUGGAAACAGUUGGCUCUCCCUUUAGUUCCUGUUAGCUAGACUUUGAAAUUUCUUUGCAGGGUGAAGUAUUUAUCAAGACAUUCACAUUCUUGUUCGUACUGUUUAACUGGACAGCUCAAUAGUGAGAAAACAUAGGAUGGUUUAAUCAGUGGGGCGUGACUUAGGACUCCCUGGAUGAGCCAUGGAUCUAUGUGGUCGUCUGAUGAGAAAGUGAUGGAGACAGCUCUCCAGAGGUAAAGUCAAAGAAAGUUGCUACUUAUGGGAAUUCCCUUACAUCCAAUUCUUUAAAAGUGUAUUGAUUUUCUAAAAUCCUACCUUAUUCAUAUAGGAUUUCAGGUAGCUAACAGAAAUAUAAGAUUUAAAAAAGAAGAAAUUAAGGAUCUAAGGGUAAUAAGAGUAGAAAGAAUAACACAGUAAGAGGAAGGUGGGGUUCGUUAUUUUAGAGACGUUGGCUGACUGUUUCUCUGGGUUUGAUACUGUUGUAGGCACUGAGGGAAUGACAAACCCCUGCUCCAAUGGAGUUUAUGAUGUGCUGAUGUAAUAUACAACCCUAUUGAAACACAGCCCUGAAUCCAGCCCAUACCUUUCCCUUUUCAAUAUCAUUUCAUUAGUUGAAUCACAGGAACAUCCUUUAAUUCAUUUAAUUCUGUUAGAUGCUACUAACUUGUGCCAUUAAUUGUGAACUCUGAUUGUUUUCCUUUUGUACUGAAUUGAUACGAUGUAGCAACAUUUUAAAUAUUAUUACUGUAUACUAUAGCUUCUUAUCUUUCCUAAAAACAAAACAAAUAACAGUAUCUACUCUCCUGAUAACAAAUAGGCUCUAUUUUUAGCCUGUGUACAAAUGCAGUUUUGUCACUUAUAUAAUUUGUUAUUGAUACAAUAUUUGUAGAACUGUUUCCUGAAACUUUGAGAAACAUUGACUUAAGAAAUUAAAAUCUUAUUCUAACAUAUCUUUCAGUUGAGAAUUACCAUUUCAAAGAUGCUUUUUAACAAAUAACAUAUAAGGGCUAUUUAAAAAAAAUUGUUGGAGUAUAGUUGAUUUACAACGUUGUGUUAGUUUCAGUUAUACAUAUACAUAUAUUCAUUCUUUUUCAGAUUCUUUUCCCAUAUAGGUUAUUACAGAAUAUUGAAUAGAAUUCUCUGUGCUAUACAGUAGUCCUUGUUAGUUAUCUAUUUUGUAUGUCAUAGUAUGUUUAUGUUAAUCCCAAGCUCCUAAUUUAUCCCUCCCCCCCAACUAUAAGGGCUAUUUUUAAAUGAUGAUUGAAAUUGAAACAUAAAAUCUAAAAAUUCUAAUGGAACAUGUGGAUCCUAAGAAUACAAUAGAUGCCAUUUGGAGAUAUACUGAUUUAUUUAAAUUAUUUAUAAUGUAUUGAUUAUUAAUGAUAAUAUAAUAUUGCCAUGUUUUAAGAACUGAUACAAACAUUAUUACUGUUUUAUUAUUUGGCAUA